GAGCUCUUUCCCUGGCGGCCGCGGCUCCUUCCCUGGGACAAUAUGUUCAAGAGAAUGGCGGAAUUUGGGCCUGACUCCGGCGGGAGAGUGAAGG